GCUGCCCUUAUAAAGUUGUUCCACUUUUGCAUACUUCCUCAUACUGUUCGAUUCUCAGUGAAGAUGAAGCUCCUCGUUUUCACAGUCUUGCUGAAGACAACUCUCCUUGCUUUCACAAACGUCUCUGCAGUUGUUUUAGAAGAUGAAGAGAAUGCUAAAGAAGCAAAAGUUACAGAGACUUGUCCUAUAAAGCUCAAAACUAAUCGGAAAUGUGAUGAAGGAGAGGAUUGUCCUUAUCAGAUAAAUCUGCCUCCGAUGACCAUUCAGUUACCCAAAGAAUUCAGACUGCUUGAGAAGACUCUCAAAGAAGUACAGAACCUUAAAGAAGCAGUAAACAAGCUGAAGAAAUGCUGCCAAGAUUGCAAGCUGCAGGCAGAUGACAACCAAGAAAGAGACAGUAGUAAUGAAUUCCUGCUACCUAAUGCAGAAACUCCAGCAGCAAACAGUGAAAUACAAGAUAACAGAGUAAAGGAACUGCAAAGCAAAGUUAACAGAAUGGCAACCAGCUUAAAAAAUGCAAAGAAUCAGAUUCAGACACUGCAGGGUCGUUUAGAGAGGUUGAGCCUCAUAAAUAUGAACAAUGUAGAACAUUAUGUUGACAGCAAGGUUGCAAAUUUAACGUUUGCUGUGAACAACCUGGAUAACAAAUGUUCUUCUAAGUGUCCAGCAAUGCAACCAAGACCUGUUAUACAAAUAAUGCAGAGAGACUGUGCUGACCAUUACACAGCAGGCAAAAGGAGUAACGGAAUCUACAGAAUUAGUCCUGACCCCAGAAAUGAGAGCUUUGAAGUUUACUGUGACAUGCAAACAAAUGGAGGCGGUUGGACAGUGCUGCAGCGGCGUCAGGAUGGCAGCACUAACUUCAACAGAACCUGGAAUGACUACAAAAAUGGCUUCGGAAACCUCAGCAGGGAGUUUUGGCUGGGGAAUGACAGAAUUCACCUCCUGACAAAGAGCCAAGAAAUGCAACUGCGAAUUGAUCUUGAAGACUUCAAUGGAAUCAGAGAGUACGCGAAAUACGAACACUUCUACGUGGCCAACGAGUACCUGAAGUACCGCCUAAGCGUUCACGGCUACAGCGGCACAGCAGGAGAUGCCCUUCACUACAGCAAACAUUACAACCACGACCAAAAGUUCUUUACAACUCCAGACAAGGACAACGACAGGUAUCCUUCAGGAAACUGCGGCGCCUACUACAGCUCUGGCUGGUGGUUUGACGCGUGCUUGUCAGCCAACCUCAAUGGCAAGUACUACCACAAGAAAUACAAAGGUGUUCGCAACGGCAUCUUCUGGGGUACGUGGCACGGUAUUUCUGAUGAUAUUCCCACUGGAUAUAGGCAAGCCUUUAAAUCAGUAAAAAUCAUGAUCAGACCCAAAAGUUUUGUCCAAUGAUUUUUGUGCAGUUACAUUUCUCUUAACUAGUUUGCAUUGGAUUGCACUCAACAUCGUACUUACUCAGUAUUAUACUCAGAAUUCAAGUAUUCAGUUAUGUUUGGCAUAAAAUUGUUCUAGACAAAGCAACAUACUUCCACAUAAUUUUUUAGAGACAGUUUGACCCAUAUAAUGUAUUAAAAUCAGCAUGAAAGUAUCUGAAUAGUUAUUGCUAAAACUUAACACCAGAUAAGUCUUGGUAUCAUUAUGUAAAUAUUCUAAACAUUGCUUUUGGUGCUUUUACUGACUGUGAUAUACCACAUUCUAUGAUUUAAAACUUUUCAGUGGUCUUCCACAAAUUGUGUCUGAAUGAAUGCCUACAUUUUAACCUAAACACAAUUCAUAGGUAUAAUUAAUGACAUAUAAAUUUGUCAACACUUAGAAUGAAAACCAGUGUCUCUGGAGCAGCCUUUCUCUAUCAUCUAUCCUUUAAAACUUCAAAGGUAUACCAUGGCAAUAUCAAUAUAAAUUAGGAAAAGUACUACAAAUUAUUAUUUUUAAAGGAUUAGAAAAAUAGAGGGCCACAUAGUUUGCCCAAAGACAUGAAAAGAGACCUUGGAGAAAAUGAACAUGAUUCCUCAAAUCUCAUCCUCUUUAUCAAAGCUUUUUCAAAGAAGUUGGUGGGAGAAUUGAAUAAAAGCAGUGGAAAUAAUCAUAGAAUCACAGAAUGGUUUAAUUUGGAAAAGACCUUUAAGAUCAUCAAGUUCAACUGUUAAUACAGAACUGCCAAGUCCACCACUAAACCCUGUCCCCAAGUGCCACACCUACACAUGUAGUGAGCAUAUAAUGAACGACAACAUUCUUGCUCUUUUUGGUUCCUCCAUUAAAGCUCAAGGUCCUACUUGUUGCUCAUGUGAGAAAGGAGCUAUUGUGUAGCUUACUGUACAUUUAUACAGGCAGAUAGACAGGUAAGAGAAAGACACAUCAAGAAGAAUCCAUAUCUUUGCAUUAAUGCCUCUAAAUACAUACUAAGUUUACAGAGCCAUUUUGCUUUCUCCUGAACCUUUUAGGUAAGCCAAAUGUUACAAGAUGCUCUUGUAGAGACUCAAGCUCUCAUCCUAAUACUUCUCAAUUUAAGUAUCAUUAGACCCUAAAAUAUUAUAAAUUUUUUGAAAUAUAUGAAAAGACUGUUCUCCCCAUUUCUAGAGUACCCCUUUCAUAGCCACAGAAACAUAAAAACCCACUGGCAAUUCUAAGGAAAAAAGAGAAUAUACAAGGUAAGACUUUUUUUCUAAAAUGUAACAAAUGAAAAAAUCAAAUUGUCAAAUACUUCAGGAAUUGUCAUUUAGAGAUACUGUUAUUAAAGCUCAUAUUGUAGAUAAUGAGCACAAAUUUGACUGUGUAUCUGGGCCAUGUCUCUACAAAUAUAGUGACCAACAUUCUGAGUGGAGAUGUAAUUUAUCUUAGCAAGAGGCUAUUCCACCAUCUUGCUUAAACAAAUCUUGAGAUGCAGAAAAACUACACUUAAACGAUUUCUUUACUAGUUAAAGUGUGGUCAUUGCUGGUACAGACUUUUUGGUUAAAAGAGACAUUAAAGGAAUACAAGUAUACACAGAAUAUAAGUAUACAUCUGACCUAAUACUUCACAAAUAUAACCUUUACUGUUUUUUUUAAGAUUAUAACAAAAAUAUUAUGGUUAUAAUUUAUGCAAGUGAAGAACACUGGCAAUUACUAAAUUGUAAAAUAUUAAUAUAUGUUUUAAAGAAGUAAAUACUUUGAAGAAUAAUUCAAGUGUAAUUUGGUUUUUUAUAUUUCAAUUUUUAAGAGCAAUGAAAAAGCUUAAUUGCAAGAUGUAUAAUCUUUCCUUGAGAAUGUGUUUUGAAUCUAUAGAAUAUUUAUUUUGGGAUAAAAAAAGAAUUGUUUAAACAAAACAAAAAAAAGCAAAUGGUUAAAAGGGCAAAUAUCUAAUUGCAUAUGAUUAUAUUUAAUAAUUUUGCAUUAAAUGCACAAUUUGCUCCUAGUCAUUAUAUGGUAACUAGCUAAGUAUGACUUCCAGUAUCUACAAGCUUCUACUUGGAAAUGCCUUUUUCCUGUUAAGUAGUUGAAAAUUAUUCUUUUUUAAUCUUGUUUGAAGAAAACUUCAUAAAACAUAGGAUUUUUAACAGAAUAAGCAAAUGUGACUAAUAUCACCUGCAAAAGCCUUGUCUGAUGCAUUUUAAAAAAAAAAGGAAAAACGAAGGGUAAUGCUGUUGCACAAAUUUGAAUAUUACCUGCCUGGAACUGUUGUAGCUGAACUUCUGUCAAUGUGUACUGGUUUUACAAAGUGUUGUUGAAAACAUUAUUUUUGUUCUUCCUCAGUGUAAUAAAAUUAUGUCACACUGUUAAA